AUGUCCACUGGCGGCAGGUUUGACUUUGAUGAUGGGGGGUCGUAUUGUGGAGGAUGGGAACAGGGCAAGGCACAUGGUCGAGGUGUUUGCACAGGUCCCCAAGGCCAAGGGGAAUAUGCGGGAGCUUGGAGCCAUGGGUUUGAGGUUCUGGGAGUGUACACCUGGCCAAGUGGUAACAGUUACAAAGGUACCUGGGCACAGGGAAAGAGGCAUGGCAUUGGUGUGGAGAGCAAAGGGAGAUGGGAAUACAAAGGCGAGUGGACGCAGGGAUUCAAAGGCCGUUAUGGAAAACUGGAGAGCACAAGCAGUGGUGCUCGAUACGAGGGAACCUGGAGCAAUGGUUUACAAGAUGGAUAUGGCUCAGAGACGUACUCUGAUGGAGGCACAUACCAAGGCCAGUGGUUGGGAGGAAUGCGUCAUGGCUAUGGAGUUCGACAGAGUGUGCCUUACGGCAUGGCAGCAGUUAUUUUCUCGCCUCUGUGCACCUCCAUAAACUCGCUGCGCUCAGAGCACAGUGAAGGGGCCCCCGUCAUUGAAGAUAACACAGGUGUGGGUGGGGUGGCAGGAAGUCCGGUGGGCCGAGGUGGUUUUGUACUCACAGCCCACAGUGAUGCAGACAGGCAGAGGAAGAGAAAGGGACGUUUCCGUCAGUCCAUCCUUAGUGGUCUAAAGUUGCGUAGGUCUGAAUCCAAGAGCUCUCUGGCAAGUCAGCUUAGCAAGCAAAGCUCCUUCUGCAGUGAGGCUGGCAUGAGCACAGUCAGUUCAGCUGCUUCAGACAUCAACUCCAACGUCAGCCUGGGUGAGGUGGAGGCGGGUGGCAGCGUGGAUGCCACGGUUACUGAGACGUAUGCGGGCGAAUGGAGGAGUGACAUGCGAACAGGUUGGGGUGUCAGCCACCGCUCAGAUGGGCUUCGUUAUGAGGGUGAGUGGUUAGGGAAUAAACGGCAUGGAUAUGGCUGCACGACCUUCCCUGAUGGAACCAAGGAGGAAGGGAAGUACAAGCAGAAUACGCUGGUCAGUGGCAAGCGGAAAAACCUAAUACCACUGCGUACCAGCAAAAUCCGUGAGAAGGUGGACCGUGCAGUAGAGGCUGCAGAAAAGGCUGCAGAAUUUGCAAAACAGAAGGCUGAGAUUGCUUUGUCGAGGAUGAGCCAUGCCAGAGGGAAGGCAGAGGCUGCUGAAGGAGUUGCACAAAGAGCCCUUGAAGAAUGUCGUUUGGCCAGGAUUAUUGCCAAAGAACUCUCCCCCUCCUUUCAUCACUAUGGAAAUGGUCUGGAAUGUCAGAGGCCUAAACGUCAGGCUAAGAAAGAGAAAGAUGUUGAGGUGGUGUCUACUGGGACAGACAGCCCUGAACUUUGCACACCAGAUACAACACCCCCUGCCCUGACACCUGAUCUGAGUCCGGCAUUGAGCAGUCCCUCCUCACCCCCAUGCAGUCCACCCUCUCAUCGCACCAGAAAUGCCUGCUUCAAGCGCCAGAGUGCAGUGGAUGAGCAUGGGCCGGGUGAGAUUCAGGUUCUGGUAGAGGGGAGAGGUGUGGAGCACCUGAGGAGUGGGGCCAAUAACUGGACUACAGACAUGUAUCCUGCAAGAAGAGGAAGUAAGGGGGAUAGCAGCCGUUCAACAACCCCUUCCUUGCUGGAGGAAGAGACUGGUCAUAUCAAUGGUCAUGAGCAAACCUCCUCUACUCACAAGUCAUGGGAGAAUGGCACUUCCAAUCACAAGCCUAUUGAGCAUGUUUCUUCCGAAAAAAUCUGGGAGCAUGUGUCUUCCAGCCAGAAGCCCUGGAAACAUGCAUCCUCCAAUCAAAAAUCCAGGGAGUAUAUGAUCUCCAACCACAGAGAAUGGGAGCAAAAGUCAUCCAAUCACAGUGCUUGUGAGCAUGACACCUCCAGUCUCAAACCACAGGUGCAUAUAUAUUCCAAUCACAAGGCUAUGGGCCAUAAUUUGUCUAAUCACAAGGCCCAUGAGCAUGCCUCUUCCAACCACAAGCCAAAGGACCAUAUCUCCACACAUAUUAAACCACCAGAUCGCGUGUCCUCCCAUCACUAUCCUCGAGAGCAUGUAUCCUCUUAUCACAAACCACAGGAGCAUGUCCAUUCCAAUCACAAACCAAGUCAAAUCAUUCCCAAUCAUUCAGCUGGUGAGCCUAGCUUUUCAGAUUAUCAACUGACAGAUCGUGGAGCCAGCAAUUCCACUCUGGGCUGGACCAUUGAGAAUACUCCCCAGUGGAGUCCCUCCCACUCAAAACUGCAAGAGAAAGAGGACAAGCUGAAUGACUACCGGGUUGAAAUGAGGUUUCAGCCCCUUGACUCCCAUCAGCACUUUGGCUCAGGCAUGGAGUGCUCAAGUCUCCAAGGGCACAACUCACAGAGACUGCGUCAAAGGAACCUGGAAAGCAAGGAGUGGGGCCUCGCAGACAGAGAGGGAUCCAUGGACUCUGUACAGAUGUUGGACAGCCUGAAUGUGGGGGUAGAUUUGGAGGAAUGGCCUUUGCACAGGGAUGUCACUCUUUCCCCCCCUUUACCAUCAUCCCCAGUAACACUAGAGCAUGAUGCAGAGCAUCUGAAGCGGAUCAAAACAAACUCAGGCUCCAGCUCUGUUCUAGUGGUCAUGGUGAUUUUACUCAACAUUGGUGUAGCCAUUUUGUUCAUUCAUUUCUUUAUUUAA